AUGCAAUGCACUCUAAAUAGUUUGCACACGAAUCGCCCUAUUCAUUUAUCCCCAACUUUGUUUGGGCUUCCCACCUCUCAGGGUCAUCUGCUCUCACGUAAGUCAACUUAACUCCUUUAACUUUCGGCCUGGACGCGGUUCUCCACCGUUUGAUUCUUAUAGCUGCCUCACUUCACCCGCUAGCCCAUACCGUCCUUCUAGACUGCCCCCUCUCAUCCUCAUCCUUCUCCUCUUCUUCUUCUUCUUCCUCCUCCUCCUCCUCCUCCUCCUCCUCCUCCUCCUCUCCCUCCUCCUACUCCACGAAUUAA